CUUACAUGUCUUUAGAAAGUAGUGAUAUAUUAGUAAUGGACACCUUAUAUAUAAAGUAGAUUUUGGUUGAAUCAAAAAGUAGACCAUCGAAUCCUGGGUCCACCUCUAACUAUAGCAUAGUCUUAAUCAGAUCCUCCAAAGGUAAUUCCAAACACCAAUAUUUGGUUUUCCAAAAUAUCUUUUUAGCUUCAAUCAGUUAGCUUUCACAUGGGUGAGUUUAGAUAGAGUUUGCCUAACAGUCAACAUCUAAUUAUUUGUCUUAAAUGUGAAUAGUUAUGUAUCUUUGAUAUGUAGGAUUCACCAAAUAGGUCAUUUAGCCUUUAGUUCUUUCAGGGAAUGCAUUGAAAAUUUGAUUUUACUAUUUUUUGGCAUGUAAGGUAAUGAAUAAUUGAUACUUUGCUGCUUGACAAAAUACAAGAAUAGUAAGUUUUGGUUGGUAUAUGCAAAGGAGUAUUUUUCUUGGAGUUGUGAAUUUAGUCUUGAGAUAUGGGUGGAUGUGUUUCGAGUCCGACUAAGAGGAUAAAGUUAAAGACAAAGUACAUUCCCAAGUCUCGUAGAUUUCGAAGAAAGGCGCCAUCUUCUGUUUCCGUUGCACCUAUAGAGCAACUUACUGGUGUGAGAAACUAUGUAAGAGAAGUUGAUGUUGGUGAGUUUGUCACAAUAGGCUACGAGAGCAGGGCGGCACCUAUUGGUGGAGGGGAUUGUGUGUUAAAUCCAGCAUUUCAUCUCUCCCAAAACUAUCAUCAUGUCAAUGUAACUGGAAUAAGCCAAGAGGAAGCGUGGUUUGACUCUUUCAGUGUCCUUGAAUCUGAUUCAGAUGAAGACUUCACUAGUGUUCUUGGGGAAAUUUGCCCUUCACUUAUCGUUGCUGCUGGGAGCGCAUUAGAUCAUCAAAGUCAAACCGAAAGCACGUCACACUUCGAUCAUACCAUCAAGAACAAUGAUAUAUUAUGUGUAGAUGGAAAUUUUACUAAGCGGAACAAUAUUGUAGAGGAUCCAAUUUUGACAUCUCAAAGAAGGAAGUUAUCAGUUGUAACACUUGCUGUUAAUAAGAAACUGCAUGAUGGGGACACGACGACUGAGUUUUGUUCUUCAAGGAGAUUAUUGUAUCGUCCAAGAGCAGGAUUUGUUGUUCCGCAUUACAGUGAUAUGAAACCGAGUCAAGGAUGUUGGAGUCGCAUUGCACCUUCCGUAUUUAAGCUUCGUGGCAUGAAUUAUUUCAGGGAUAAAAGGAAAUAUCCUGCCCCUAAUUAUUGCCCUUACGUACCUAUUGGCGUUGAUUUAUUUGUUUGUCCGCGGAAGAUAUCUCACAUUGCACGGCAUCUUGAGCUUCCCUUUGUAGAGCCACAUGACAAAGUUCCAUCGCUGCUCAUCGUCAAUAUACAGUUGCCUAGUUAUCCUGCUUCAAUGUUCCUUGGGGAAAAUGAUGGAGAGGGAAUGAGCCUUGUACUAUAUUUCAAAGUAUCAGAAAAUUUUGAAAAAGAGAUUUCUCCACUAUUUCAAGACAGCAUAAAGAGAUUAGUAAUGGAUGAAACGGAAACUGUAAAAGGUUUUGCAAAGGAAUCAAUAGUUCCUUUCAGAGAAAGACUAAAAAUCAUGGUCGGCGUAGCCAAUCCUGAAGAUCUUCAUUUAAAUCCCGCGGAGAAAAAACUUUUACAUGCGUAUAAUGAAAAACCAGUGCUUUCACGUCCUCAACAUGCUUUUUACGAGGGAGGCAACUACUUUGAGAUAGACCUGGAUGUUCAUCGAUUCAGCUACAUUUCCAGGAAAGGAUUUGAUGCGUUCCGAGAACGACUGAAACAUGGAAUUCUUGAUCUUGGAUUAACAAUUCAGGCACAGAAGCAAGAGGAGCUGCCAGAGAGAGUUUUGUGCUGUGUUCGAUUGAACAAAAUCGAUUUUGUAAAUCGUGGCCAGAUACCUCAGCUUAUAACUCCUGUUGAUAACUGAAAUGAUUGAGAGCUAGGCUAAUAGUUGUAAAUUUUUUGCUACAAGAGAGAGAGAAUGGGUUCUGAAAUGUAGCGAUCACACCAAUUUUAUUUGUAUCAAGAGUGACAAAAUGUGAAGAAGUUUAGAAACUUUUCAACGAAAUCUGACAAAAUUGAAAGUUGAAUUUUAA